AUGUUGGUGCGCAUCCUGCUUGUGGCCACCGCCAUCUCCUUCCUCCUCGUGCUCUCCUCCUCUGCCUCCUCAGGCCCCGCCCCAACGCUCACUGCCUUCGUUGAGCCGCUCGUCAUCUUCCUCAUCCUCAUCGUGAACGCGGCCGUCAAGGUGUGGCAGGAGGCCAACGCAGAGCGAGCGCUGGACGUGCUGCGGGAGAUCCAGUCCCACCACGCCAUGCUCCACAUCGGGGAUAAGGUGCCCGCCGACAUGCGCGUCGCAAGCCUGCUCACCUCCACGCUCCGCCUCGAGCAAGGGUCGCUGACCGGGGAGACGACAUCCGUCAACAUGACCUCCCAUGCAUUGUCGGUGGAGGACGUCGAUAUACAGGCUAAGGAGUGCAUGGUGUUUGUUGGCACCACCGUCGUCAACGGUGCGGCGCUCCGCAUCGUCGCGUGCACUAGGAUGGCCACGGAGAUUGGUGCCAUCCACACGCAGAUCCACCAGGCGUCGCAGGAGGACGAUGACACGCCGCUCAAGAAGAAGCUCAACGAGUUUGGGGAGGCACUCACCAAGAUCAUCGGCCUCAUCUACGCGCUCAUCUGGCUCAUCAACGUCAAGUCCUUCCUCACCUUCGACCUCUAG